AUGGGCGAACAGGACAACGACGGUGGUAUCACUCUUUCACUUGCAUGCUUCAUCCAUUUUACAGUGAAUGCUCCUGGUCCUCUACACCGUGUUACACACAAGAAAUACUUUGAUCACUUCACAUGUGUCAGCAGUCAGAAGAGGGAUGUGAAGCCCAUAGCUAGUGUCAUGAAACACAAGAAGAAUGUGCUCUCAUUUAGCUGCAGCGGUGCAGCCACGAUGUCACCACGGCUGAGCAGGUAUCAACUCAAAGAAUGGUUGGCUAUGGGCUUAUCUAUCAGGAAAAUUAAGGGAACGGGGAAUGGAUAUCGCCGCAGAUGGAUCACGAAAGACACCGAGAAGGGGCGGCGGCGUGGAGAUGAAUCGGAUGCCGCGUUCCUCCCUGACUCCGAUGCCGUCUUGCUCCCUGACUCCGAGGUCCUGGUCCUGGCCGAUGAGCCUGUGAACGACGCGAUCUGUGCCUUCCAGGGUGGUGCCUCGUCCCCGGCGCGUGCUCUCGGGACCCUGCCAGGGCCCGGACGCCACGCCUACCUCUGCGCCAUGCCUGAAACAGAGCAGAGUAUCCAGCCGCUCCAAGCACCCAUGCUGCUUUCCUCCUCCAUUGACGCCUCCGCCGCUGCUGAUUUCCCUGUCCACCCGAUGCUCAACUGGAGCAACCGGCUUGUCUUCGACUCUGCUGUUCUCGACGGAGGCGACGUGCUCGUCUUCGCGAAAGGUGUCAUCCGCCGCCAGUGGGCAAACACAGCCAAUCCCCCCGUCCAGUGCGUGUACCGUGGCCAUGAUGAUGGUGUGUCGGUCUCCCUCCCAGCCAUCACUGCGGCGCAACAAGUAGCAAGGUGCCCCCCUCCACCGGCUCUUCUUACUUCCAGCAACACCCAGCUCCGGGUCACACUGUCUGUCACCGGCGAGGAGCCCAUCCCCUCCCUUGCGAUAUACCGUCCACAAAAAAGUGAACUUGCAGCAGUAGCGCCACCUACGAGAAACAAUAUCUGCGCCUGCACAAUGGUGCGGAAUGUCUCAAAGUUUCUCCGCGAGUGGGUGAUGUACCAUGACGCUCUGGGCGUCGACCAGUUUUUCUUGUAUGACAAUGGAAGCGAGGAUAAUUUGGCGGGUAAGGUGGCUGAGUUGAGGUCCACAGGAAUCAACAUUUCCACCGUGGCCUGGCCUUGGACAAAAACGCAGGAAGCUGGCCUUUCCCACUGCGCCGCAGUGCACCAAACAUCUUGCCAGUGGAUGGCGUUCAUCGACGUCGAUGAGUUCAUCUUUUCUCCGGACUGGAAAAAUGUGGAGAAUCCAUCAAAGUCCAUGCUUGAAGCAGUUGUCUCGGUUGACCCACAAAUUGGCCAAAUCUAUCUCCCGUGCUUUGAUUUUGGUCCCUCGGGUCAAACAGCACAUCCGCAGGAUGGUGUCUGUCAGGGCUAUACUUGUCGGUUGAAGACCCAGCAGCGGCACAAGUCCUUCGUCCGUCUUGAGGCUGUGGAACCUUCCCUGCAGAACUCUGUACACCACUUUUCGCUCAGAUCUGGUUUCACUAACAUGUGGACCAGGCUGGCGCGCAUCAAUCACUAUAAAUAUCAAGCGUGGACAGAGUUCAAGUUAAAGUUCAAAAGACGUGUUUCUGCAUAUGUAGCUGACUGGACUGAUCCGGUGAACCUAAAGUCCAGCGACCGAGCUCCUGGUUUAGGAGUUGAAGCUGUCGAACCACCUGGUUGGGCUGACAAGUUUUGUGAGGUAAAGGAUACUGUUAUGCAGGAAUUGAGUGUAAGAUGGUUCGGUACUGGAUUCGGAGGCCAUGGAUCAUACAAGUCGAAGGGUUCCCAUGAAACCCACACCGGUGAUGUUUCCAGUAAUGUUGGUACUCCAAGUUCCUUCUUUUUGCAGGUUCUUGGCGCGCUUCUGUUGGCGCUGGCUGUUCUUCUGGGUGAAGUUGUGUUUUGGUGGGCGCUGGUAGCUGCUGUUGCUGAAUUUCUGUUUUUAGGUGAGAUUAUACUGAUAUCUUGGUCAUCUGUAAUUAGGAGCAACUGCUAUUGUCAGAAAGCGAAGCGUCCCACCAGAGGUUCUAUGUUCAGCCAUCAGUACACACAGGAAUUAAAAGUUACAAACAACGUGCAGGGUGGUGGCAAGGAGCUCUUGCAGCCUCCAAGGUGA